AUGGCGGAUUCGCGCAAUGCGGACCACCCGCGCGCGCCCUGCGGCUUCCCAGACCCGCCCUCGGGGGAAGCUAGCGGGGAGUUCAUGCACGAGAGAAAGAAGCUGACGCCGGUCACCCGGCUGCCUCUCCUGAGAAAGAUUCUGGCGAAGGAGCUGAAGCCCAUCUGGCCCCUCUUCGGCGUAGUGGCGUCGGGCUUCUUCCUGGCGGGCUGGAUCGUGGGGCGCAACCUGGGGAAGAACCCGGAGAUCAGGCCGCGGCUGAACAAGGAGCGGCGCGCGCACGAGGUGCCGGAGAUCGACGAGCCGGAGCUGGUGGCGUCGCUGGGGCAGGAGUUCCUGGAGCGAGACCUCCUGCGGGACGUCGUCAAGAUGCGGUCCAGUACGAUCUUUUCCGAGCAGUCAAACUGGUUCAACUUUGUGCUUCUUUUCUUCGUCACCUUGUAUGGGCGCGCAACCUUCUCCACCCCGAUCCACACUCUAUUAACGGAUGGUUAA